AUGCUGCUGGGAAAGUGGGCAGCUUUGCUGGCCGUGGCCGUGGCCAUGGAGGCCGUGGCUGCUUUUCCCUCCUCACUGCUGAUUGGGAAAGAAUAUGAAACCAUAACCCUGACCUGCUCCAGUUCCCCUGGAGAGCAAGUGGAGUGGAAGUGGAAGGGCGACACGCAGCAGGAGUCAGGCCGAGAGUUCGUCAUCUACAACAUGGACUUCCCUUUUGCCGGAAACUAUUCCUGCUGGGCCGGAUCCCGGCUGCUGGAAAGCUUCUAUGUGGCCCUGGGGGUUCAUCACAGCUACUUCUUCAAGGCGGAAGGAGCAAAGGAAGAACCAGAAGAACCGGCCAUCACCUGCUGGGCUACAUCGUACAGCGGCACCUUGAGCUGUUCCUGGAAGUCUCAGAACCCGGCGACUUUUCUGGCCCACCUGAAACACAAAGACACAGAGGCUGUGCUGUGCCCCUCCACAGAAGUGGCUCUCCUGGGGAACAGAGUGGUGGAUAUCCAGUUCAACAAUUGUUCCUUCUGUCCUUACGCGGAGGAGGCGCCCCACACACCCCUCCUCCUGGUGCUGAGGGGGCUUUCUGAAGAUGGCGGCGGCUACAGCGAAGUGAACAAGACUUUCCUCUUGCGGGAUAUCGUGAAGCCCGAUGCUCCGGCCUACCUGAAGGUCACAGGGCAGACGGUCUCCUGGGCUCCCCCAGCCUCCUGGGACCUGCCCGCCACCUACUUCCCCUUGCAGUACAACCUCCUCCUGGAGUCGGCUUCCGGCAGCAUAGAGAACCACCUCCUCCUCGUGAGUAAACCUUUGGGGCUUAUCAUCCGUCACAUUGAAGGCUGCUCUGGACAUCUUUGA